AUGGCUGCCCGCCUGCCCCAGGCGGUGGUGGACGAGAUCACGGCGGCGCUGGCUGCGGUGCGCGAGGCCUCCGGGGGCGAGGACCUGGCGCUGCUGCGGGAGCGCAUCGGGGCCCUCAGCACCGCCAGCAUGAAGAUCGGGGAGACACUCGCACAGCAGUCGGGCUCGGGCGGCAGCGGCAGCGGCGGCGGCGACUCCAGCAGCGGCUCGGGCUCCAGCGGCGGCGGCGCGGCGGGCGGCAGCUCUUAG